AUGGUGUACCAUGAGAGGACUUUGUCCUCUCCCCUUACCGCCUUUCCGCGGAAUGUGAUGCAGCCACAAGCGUUCUCGCAGGUGAUGCAUGAGUACGGGUGCUUAGGAAGGAAUGUGGAGGAGAAGCUGUGCCUGCAUGCGCCAAAGAAGCACUCCACAAAGAAGCAGUACCUGUCACCCUUUCGCUUGGAGGUUACCUCCAAGUGGGUGGCCGUCCGGAAGCCCCUGCCGGAGCCCAACCGCACUCCGCGAGUGGGGCAUGCCUUCCACACCAAGGAGGUCAUUGCUCGUGCUCGGCGGCUCAUCAUCAACGCCAAGGCGCAGUCCGGGCUGUCCUGGGAUCAGAUCUUCGCCUCGCACGACCUGGAGCUGAGCUUUGAGGCUCUCAAAGACUGUCUGCGGCGGGAUCUGGCGAUUUCGCCCAAGGCUCUGGCUGACUUGGACAUUCAGGUGCUGUUUACAGAGUUGGAUGCCGACAAGAGCGGAACCGUGAACAUCAAGGAGAUGCUGAGCUAUGUCGCUCAUGGCCCCAAGCGAAUCCACGAUGAGAAUGCCAUGUUACUGAAGCGCACGGCGAGGGUGCGAAGAAAUAUGAACAUGGCGUGCCGCAAGUUUGCGGGGCUGAAGAACAUCACAUCUGAGAGCGUCUCGAAGCUCUUCAAAAUGUUAGAUUGCGAAGGGGAUGGCAAGCUGUCCAAGCACGAAUUCUUGGAGUUUGUUCGCGAAGGCUUGGGGCUCUCCAUGUGGGAUGUGCCAGAAUCCGAGCUUCUCCAGUUUUACAAUGUGCUGGACAAGGAUAACGACGGCCUUGAUCCUUUGGAGCUCUUGGUCUUCAUCCAGGGCAACCAGGAGGAGAUGGCCAACAGGAAGCUUUUCUCCUUCGUUGACACGGCGGCGCACAGCGAAGACCGGCCUCGUCAUCACCACGAGGCCUCGGCUCCUGGCCAGAGCCACGUCUUCCGGAACAGCGGGCGCUUGCGGCCCCCGUCCAUGCGAUUGCCCAACAAGACAUAA